AUAAAUGAAUUUACAGCCUAAAGAAGUUUGAGACUGGGGAGAAAGCUGGUAUGAUAAAUGAAAAAUGUAAAGUCAAAGUUGGGGCUGGGGAUUUAGCUCAGCGGCAUAAGCGCCUGCCUUGCAAGCAGGCAGUGUGAGUUCAAUCCCUGGUACCGAUAAAAACGAAAAAGAAAAAAAAAAAAACCAAAAAAGUCAAAGUAUCUAUUACAGGGGCUGGGGAUUUAGCUCAGCGGCAUAAGCACCUGCCUUGCAAGAGUGUGGUCAUGAGUUCAAUUCCUGGUACCGGUAAAAAUACAAAAAAAAAAAAGUAUCACACAUACAAAUACAAUAUAUACAUGGUUAGUGAUACAUUCAUGAUGUGUUAUAAAGUUAAUUACUAAGUGCAUAUAUGAAAACUUUUUUGAGCUGAAUGGGUGCUGCAUACCUGUAAUCCCAGCAUUUGGGAAACUGAGACCAGAGGAUACUGCAAGUUUUAGGCCAGCCUCGGAUACAUGGUGAGACCCUGUCUCAAAAAAAAAUCAGGAGGCAGAUAGCUGAUAUUCCUCAAAUUAUACAAUCAGAAAAUCAUAAGCACCUGAAUAAAUCAAAAACUUUUUAAAAAUACAGUUGGGUUUGGGGAUUUAGCUGAGCAGCAUAAGUGCUAGGUCAUGAAUUCAAUCCCCGGCACCUAAAAAAAAAAAAAAAAAUCACAAUGCUUAAGUUCUAAUGAGUACAACUUAAACUGAAUUUUCAAAAUAUGAUAGAUGGGCAUUAAACUGUUAAUAGAAAUCCCCUCUGAGGGGGCUGGGGAUUUAGCUCAGCGGCAUAAGCACCUGCCUUGCAAGCAGGCUGUCAUGAGUUCAAUCCCCGGUACCGACAAAAAAAACAAACAAACAAAAAAGAAAUCCCUUCUGAAGGAUUGCAUUACAAGAAAUUUUGUACUUAACAUUUUUUUUUUAAAAUGGGCCAGGAGUUUAGCUCAGAGGCACAAGAGCCUGCCUGGCAAGCACGAGGUAUGAAUUGGAUUCCCAGUACUCCCCACCCAAAAAAAAUGUAGACUCUUAAACUGGGCAUGGUGGCACAUGCCUGUAAUCCCAGCACUCGGGAGGCUGAGGCAGGAGCAUCAUUGCAAGGUCAAGACCACCCUAGGCUACAAAGUGAGCUCAAAGCCAACCUGGACUGCAUAGUGAGACUUUGUCUCAAAAAGAAAAAACAAAGUGGACUCUUUCAGAGCACAUACAGUACUUGUAGUCAUAAAUAAAUAUGCACAUAUAUAUAUAUUUUUAAAUGUUGGCAUGCUGGGUGGGGCUUGUUAUUUGAAACAAAAACCAACAUCUCAGGAAACCAUAAAAAAGGAGGAUCCUCCAGGAAUCUCACAAACAAGCAGCAGCAAAUAAAAAUUCAUAGUACAAAUCCAUUCUUAUUAAGGCCCAUAAAAUGCUACUGGAUGGUCUUUAUUUAAAAUAGUCUUUAUUGUUUUUCUUUUGUUUAUCUAUUGAAACAGAGUUUUGGGCUGAGGAUUUAGCUCAGUGGCCUAAAUGCCUGCUUGGCAAGCAUGAGGUUUUGAAUUUGAUCCCUGGUACCAAAAAAAAGAAAGUAAAUAAGUCUUACUUUGCAGUGCAGGCUGGCCUUGAAUUUGUGGUGAUCCUCCUGCCUUAGGCUCCCAAGUACUGGAAUCACAGGUAUAUAAUACCACAUCUGGAUUUUGGGGUUUUUUUAAGACAAAGUCUUGCUUGCUAUAUAGUUUGAUCUGCCCUUGAACUCACUAUAGAGCCCGUGCUGGUCUCAAACUCAUGGAGAUUCUCCUGCCUCUGUUUCAUGAGUACCUCAAGUAUAGGUAUGUACCUGCACGCCCAGCUACUGUUUUGUUUUUAGUGAAUGUAAAACUGUUCACAUAGCUUUUUGCCCGUUCACUAGUGAAUGUUCAUCUCCUUUUGUUUUCCCAUGAAGUCAUUUUUAAAUUCCCCAAGGUUUUUCACUGUGCCAGUGGUGAUGAUGGAUUUUGUUUUUUCUGAAACCAUAUAUUUGAAACAGGAGUCUUACUAAACUGCUAAAUUGCUCAGGCUAAGAUCAAACAUGUAAUCCUGUUCAGCUUCCCAGAGUGCUGGAUUACCAGUGUGUGGAUUACAAUUUUUAUGAAGAAUAUCACUUCUACAAAAGCAAUUUUUUUUUUUUUUUUUGUCUUUUUCCUUUUUAUCGGUACCAGGGAUCGAACUCACGACUGCCUGCUUGCAAGGCAGGCACUUAUGCCGCUGAGCUAAAUCCCCAGCCCCCUCAAAAGCAAUUUUUUAAGCAAAAUGUUUUUUCUUCAAAAUGACCUGCUUUUUAGCCUUAAUUACAUUUGUCUUUCACUAUGAUAUUUUUUCCUUUUUUUUUUUUUUUUUUUUUUUCUUUUUGAGACAGGGUUUUACUAUGCAGUUCAGGCUGGCCUUUAACUCACUUUAUAGCCCAGGCUGGCCUCCAACUCAAAGUGAUCCUUCUACCUCAGGCUUGCCAGUGCUGGGAUUACAGGUGUGCUCCUCGGGGCCUGGGUACCUGGCCUACCUUUUCUUUUGUUCACUGUUCUCUCCUCAUUGGAACUAUUAAAGAGUUCCUUUUUUGUUGUCAUUGUUGUUUUGGUUUUUUGAGACAAGGUCUUGCUCUGUAGUUCAGGCUGGCCCUAAACAUACUAUGUAUUACAGGCUGGUCUUGAACUGCUAGCAGUUCUCCUGUCUGUUCGGAGCUCCACCAGCACAUUGAAGACAUGGCUCAUUGAAGAACUUUUUGUUAAACUAAAGCAGAGGCAUUGUUGCUGCAGCAGGCUCAGUACUCAAAAGGAAAAAAGAGAGGCAUGUGAUGACGUGUCACACACGUGCACACACUCCCCUCAAAGAAUAUAAACAUUAUGCACUGGGAACAUGGACUAAGAAAUAUAAAAAUUAAUCGAAUAGAGAGAGACUACAAAAAGAGACCUAAAUUCUUUUGCCUCCCCACCUCCUCUGCCCUCUCUCUCCCUGUCUUCCCAGUCUGUCUGCUUCCUUUCAGUGCAUGUGCAUGUAGAUGUGUGUGUGUGUGUGUGUGUGUGUGUGUGUGUGUGUGUGUGUUGCUGAGUAUGGGACCCAGGGCCUUGCACAUACUAUCUAAGUGGUGCACCCCUGAGCCACAGCCUUAGUCCCAGAGAAAUUUAAACUGAGUGAGGAUGUGAGGCAAGGAAGGUUUCAACCCUAGACCCCACUACACUCCCUGGGUCUCCCCUGUGCUGACCCUGGGUAUCCACUUGCUUCUCCCUCCCACUCUACUUCUGUCUUGCCAUACUGGGUCAGCAUCUAUCCCUCCUCCCUGCCCUGCCCUGCCAGCCCCACAUCCCUGGUGCUGGGAAGGAUUCCACAGGGACACAAACGACAGGCCCACGGAUGCCACAGGCACCUGACAAACAGGCACCAGCCGCCAAAUGGCUGAUAAGGUAAAGGCGGACAGUGAGACAUGGCUAGGAUUACGAAGCGCUGCAGCAGCAGGUAGAGCGAGGGAACGCAGAUGUCAGGAUCUCUCAGGCCGCCUUCAAGGACACACACAGAGCCAGUGCAGCUUGAUUAACCUUUGAUACUUCUUUGAAGUGGAUAGGUUUUUUUUUAUUUUAUUUUAUUUAUUUUAUUUUUUUUGUCUUUUUCCUUUUUAUCGGUACCAGGGAUUGAACUCACGACUGCCUGCUUGCAAGGCAGGCGCUUAUGCCGCUGAGCUAAAUCCCCAGCCCCUGAAGUGGAUAUGUUUUUUUAAAAAUUAUUUAUCAUUAUUAUUAGUAUUAUUAUUGGUCUUUUUUUGAGGCAGGGUUUCACUGUAUGGUUCAAGCUGGCCUUGAGCUCCCUUUGUAGCCUAAACUGGCCUCAGACUGGCAGUGAUCCUCCUGCCUCAACCUCCCAGGUGCUGGGAUUUCAGAUGUGCACCACCUCGCCUGGCUAACACAGGGUCUUCUAAAUUCCCCAGCGUAGAUUUAAAUUUGUGCUCUUGCCUCAAUCUCCCAAGACUGGGAUAUCAAGGGUGUGCUACCAUGCCCAGUUUAAAAACUUUUACCUCAUUCCUCUUCAACUUUAUUUUUUAAAUUUUAUUUAUUUAGUUUUUGAGAUUAGGGUCUCACUGUGUAGUCCAGACUGGUUUUGAAUUCACAGUGAUUCUCUGCCUUAGCCUCUUGAGUGCUGAGAUUACAGGCCUGAUUUGCUUUUCACUGCCAUCCGAAUUUAAAAGGAACUCUUAGUCCUGUUGCAGAGACCCGCAUACAUUCAUUGCUACACAAGGAAGCCUCUCUUUGGCCAGUUGGUGGGGCCUCCCUAAUUCUAAACAUCCUUCUGUGACCUCAUCCCCACCUUGGUUCCAUCUGCCACUUUGUGAUUUCAUUGGUGAAAGGUCUCGUCUUGUCUACUAGGGCUCAGGGCCCCAGGAACUCAGCUCCUCUACAGAAUCAGCUUUGGGGUGGUCUUAGGGCCACACUCUGCAGAGCAGAGCCCACUCCAUACAAUGGACGUUGGCAUUCCGGUUCCCUUUGCCUCUGAGAUACAGUUGCUGUGAAGUGCACUCUUGCUGCUGAUCCACAGUAUCCCUGCUGGAACUUGCAGUUCCCUGUCUGGGACCAUGGGCAGCACUCCUGACUUGGAGCUGCCCCAGCGGCUGGACCCCUACCCCAAAGAAACCCACAGGCACCCCAGAGGGGAACAGCCGCACCUGCUGAGUAGCCUGGCCGCAGUACAGACUCUGGCCAGUGUCAUCCAGCCUUGCUAUGGCCCCCACAGGCGGAAGAAGUUUCUGCUGACUGCUCACGGGGACAUCGUGUGCACAGACUCAGCUGCUGCCAUUCUCCGGGCCCUGCAGCUAGAGCACCCGGCAGCCCGGCUCGUCCGUGAAGCAGCCCAGGCCCAAGCCGAGAGCUUUGGGGAUGGCACUGCCUUUGUGGUCCUGCUGGCAGAAGCACUGCUGGAGCAGGCUGAGCUGCUGCUCAGAGCGGGCCUGGCCCGCACCCAACUCCGGGAGGCCUACAGCACAGCCCUGGCAGAGGUCCUGGCCACACUGCCUUCCUUGGCCAUCCGGGCCCUGGGGCCUUUGGAGAAUCCAUCCUGGGCCCUCUACUCUGUGAUGAACACACACAGCCUGGUGCACUCAGAACACCUGACUAAGCUGGUGGCCCAUGCAUGUUGGGCCAGCAAGGAGCCCGGUGGCAGCUUCAAGCCCGAGCGUAUUGGGGUGUGCACCCUGCACGGGGGUUCGCUAUGGGACUCUUGCCUCCUCUCAGGACUCGCCAUGCCCAUGAGGCCUUGUGGUCAAGUGACUGCCGUGUCAUCAGGGGCCAAUGUGGCCCUGUUUGCUUGCUGCUUUGGUCCUGCCAGUCCGAGUACCCCUACAACUGCCUCUCUCUAUAGUCUCGAGGACCUCCUUGCAUUCAAGAGAGAAAGCAGUCGACUGGUAGAAAUGCAGGUGGACCAGCUGGCAGAUGCAGAUGUCAAUGUGGCUGUAGUUUGGGGGGACGUGGACGAGGAGACCCUUGCUCUGGCCAACCAGCAGGGCAUCAUGGUGAUUCAGGUUAAAUCUCGGAGAGAAAUCGUGUACCUAAGUGAGGUGCUGGAUACCCCUCUCCUAACAAGCCUGCUGCCCCCUCUGAAGCCAGGGCGAUGCUGGAGGGUUCAUACACAGAAGCUGGGGGACAGUGAGGCCACAGUGUUUGAGUGGGAGCAUGCAGAUGCCCCUGUGCUCACGCUGGUCCUCCAGGGGGCCACAGCCGAGGGGCUGCGGGGCGCAGAGGAGGCCGUCUACCAUGGCAUCGAUGCCUACGCCCAGCUCUGUCAGGAUCCUAGGCUGCUGCCAGGAGCUGGUUCCACAGAGAUGGCUCUGGCCACGAUGCUCUCAGAGAAGGGGGGCAAAUUGGAUGGGCCUGAGGGUCCUGCCUUCCUGGCUUUUGCCCGAGCGCUGAGGUCUCUUCCUAAAACCUUGGCAGAGAAUGCAGGCUUGGCAGUCGCACCCAUAAUGGCAGAAAUGAGUGGCAUUCACCAAGCAGGCGACUUCCUGGUGGGAGUGGGAAGUGAAGGAUUACUAAACGCUGCCCAGGAAGAGAUGUGGGACCUCCUCGUGGUCAAAACCCAAGGCCUCCGUGCAGCAGCUGAGGUGGUGCUGACACUGGUGACCGUAGAUGAGUUUGUAGUGGCCAAGGGAGGCCCCAGCCACCAGCAGAUCCUAAACAACUCAGGGAAGGUGAUGGGUAGCCUGUCUCCAGCCAAAAAAGAAAGCCUUCAGACAAACAGGCAGCAGCAACACCCUCAAUAAACCAAGACCACCAAGGGGCACCCUCCCUCCCCAUCUCAGAAAUGCGUGUUUAUUUAUUCCUUCAAGUUGGAUAAUACUGGUAUUAUUUUGUUUGAUUGGGUGUUUGUGUUUUUGAGGCAGGAUCUGGAACUUCAGAUUGGGCUUUAACUCAAUGUGUAGCCCAGGUAGACCUUAAACUUACCAUGAUCCUCCUGCCUCAGCCUCCUGAGUGCUGGGCUUAUAGGUUUGUUCUACCACACCCAGUUCUUGGCACUUUUAGAAUUUGUUUCUUUAGAUACAACAUCCUGAAGAGACAUAAAAGUUCUUCUCACUGACUUACUUCCUUUUCUAACUCUUCACUCAUUUCCUGUUUCUCUUCAUCAGAUUCUGUUCCUUUCUACAAUCAGAGCAGGAUUCAGUUCAGAUAAGGUUUUUUUGUUUUUGAGAGGGUCUCACUACAGUUGAGUCUGGCCUUGAGCUCACUGUGUAGUCCAGGCUGGCCUUGAACUUGCAGUGAUCCUCCUGCCUCAGCCUCAACCUUGCCAAGCACUGGGAUGACAGGCAUGCACCACCCAGCUUUCCAAUAAGAUUUUUAAAUUGAAUAUAUGGGCAUUGGAGAUACAAACAAACAAACAAAAUGCAGUAAUCUUUUUCUGAUAACUGGAUGACUACUGUCUUCAAGAUCAUCUAACAUACAUGGAUUUAUGUCUCCAUGUCUUAUUAGCACUCUAACAACAUCAGUUCUAGCUCAUAGGAGUGGCCAGUCCUUUUUGGUGUGGUUUCCCAAACAACAAAGAAAUGUGAUUUUUAGAUCUUUCUUUUCUUCUCUUAAGCAAAGCAGGAAAAGGAGCUGGAAGCAGGCAGAAAUUUUAAUAAAAGUAGGCAUGGUAGCAGAUGCCUAUAAUCCCAGCACUUAGGAGGCUGAGGCAGGAGGAUCAUGGUGAAUUAGAGGCCAACCUGGGCUGCAUAAUGAGUUUAAAGCUAUAGUGAGUUUGGGGGAAUCACAUUAUAACACUGCCAUUUCCUUUCCCCUCAGCAGACACAAGACACCCACACCUGAUGUCCCUUGACCCCCACCUUUUGUGUAUAAAACCAAGUUAAAAUUACAGCAAGGAGCCAGGUGUGGAGGCGCAUACUUGGGAGGCUGAAGUAAGAGGACUGCUGAGUUCAAGCUCAGCCUGGCUACAUAGGCAGACCCUAUCUCAAAAAAAAAAAAAAAAAAAAAAAAAAAACACAAAAACCAGAGACAAAAAAACCCAGCGAUGCCUUACUCAGAGCAAAGGUUUGUCAGACACAUUUACCUGGUCUAUGCUGAGGGUCUGUGUGGUGAAGCCUGCAACCAAACCUGAGACUCACAAGAGACAGAGUGUCACAGUGUGCUGGCUCGGGAGGUCACCGAGCCUGUGUCCCAGCCCAAUGUGCCCAGCCUCCCAGCCACCCUGCACUGGCUCGUAUCUCUCGAGCCCUGAGAACCCCAGUGGCCUUGCAGAGCCCAAGGUCUGACUACUACACAUAGUCCAGGCUAGCCUUCAACUCACUAUGUAGCCAGGGUGGUUUGGAACUUGGUGAUGCUCCUGACUCAGCCUCCAGAGUCUGGGAUCACAGGGAUGUGCUGCCACACCCAGCCCUCUUCCCUUUAUUUAUACUAUUUCUUUUCGAGACAGGAUCUCAUUAAGUCACCAGAUUACCCAGGCUGAAUGGGAAUCUCUUGUCUCAGCCUCCUGAGUUGUAGCAUUAUAGCCAUGCACUACAAAUGCCCAGGUUUCAUAUCCCCUUCUUUGUCAGCUUUCAGUGGUCUCUUCAUAUUUCAGUUUGCUCAGACAUCAAGGUUUCUUCCCUUCUAUUAACUAUGGAGAAGUUAACCUGAAUGUAACCUCUGCUGGUGACCAUGCAGAUCUGUUUCUGAGAUUUAUGGUCAAGGUCUCCCUUUUUCACUUGGCCUUAGACCUGGCUGUGUGUUCUCUUCCAAAACCAGCUUUCUUCAGUUCCAGGGCAGCCAAGAAUUCAGAAGUGGCAAGUCAGCUGGACAUGGUAGCACAUGUCUUUAAAUGCUAGCUUUUAGGAGGCCCAGGUAGAAGGAUCUACCUCUGCCUGGAUUACAGAGCCAGACACUGUCUAAAAAACAAAACAAAAUCGGCUGGGGAUUUAGCUCAGCAGCAUAACUGCCUUCCUUGUAAGUGUGAGGUUGUAAGUUCGACCCCAGAUUCCAAAAAAACAAAACAAACUUCUUGGGUUGGGGUGUAGAGCACUUGCCUAGAAUAAAUGAGGUCCUGGGUUCCAUCCCCAGCAAAAAAAAAAAAAAAAGAACAUUAGGAAUUUCUCAGCUGGGGCCAGCCUGACUACAUAGCCAGGCCCUGUCUCAAAAAAACAAAACAAAACAAAACAGAAAAACAUAUGUCCAGCCAUUUCUUCAAAUUCAACAAAUGCAGCCAGGCAUGGUGGCACACCACUGUAACCCCAACACUCAGGAAACUGAAGCAGGAGGAUUGUUGUGAGUUCAACUCCAGCCUAGGCUACAAAAUGAGUUCAAGGCCAGCCUGAAUCGUAGAGCAAUACACUGUCUCAAAAAGACAAAAACUCAACAAAUGCAUCAGAAAGGCAAAGUGAGUCAGGAAGAUUUCUUCUGUACAAAGAGAUUUUUUUUUUUGUCUUUUUCGUUUUUAUUGGUAUCAGGGAUCAAACUCAUGACUGCACACUUGCAAGGAAGGCGCUUAUGCCACUGAGCUAAAUCCCCAGCCUCUAUACAAAGAGAAUUUUGCCUAAGCUGGGUUCAAACUUACCAUCUGCCUCAGCCUCCAGAGGGCUGUGCUGACGUGUGUGCCACCCCACCUGGUUUGGAAACCUUCUGAUUCAAUUGUUUGUUGAGAAAGAGUCCUGGUAUGUAGUCCAGGCUGGCCCUGAACUCCCUCAGCCUCCUGAAUGCUGGGAUUCCAGGCAUCUGCCACUACACCUGAUCGAUUAUUUUGUUUGUUUGUUUGUUCUGAGACAGGAUCUGCUAUAUAGUUCAGGCUGGCCUUGAAUUCACUGUGUAGUCCAGGUUGGCAUGGAACUCAAAAGGAUCCUCCUACCCCAGCCCCCUGAGUGCUGAUAUCUCAGGCAUGUGCCACCACACCCAGGUCUCCCUUGAAUGUAUUUUCCUUUCUUCUCCCACUGAGGCAUGAUUAAUACAUAUAGUAAAAUGCUUUACAUAUCAAUCGUAUUUGGUUACUCCACAAAACAAAGUAACUCAUUCCUCAUAACCUGGAACAUGAACAGGACAAGUAUUCUUGGCUGCACUUCACAGAGGAAGGAACUGAGUCUCAGAUUAAUCUCUUAAAUUUACAAAUCUGCAUGAUAAAAGGCAGAACUCUGAAGAACUUUUCCAUUUCUAAAACUUCAUAAGCUGAAGCCUGGAGUUAUGGCAGGAUUGUAACUUCAGCACUCAGGAGGUUGAGGCAGGAAGAUCACUGCGAGUUUGAAAGUUACCCUGGGCUACACCGUGAGUCAAGGCCAGUCUGACCUGCACAUUGAGACCCUGUCUCAGAACAACAGUAAACUCCGUAAUGUGUCCAGAGUCACAAGGCCAGCAGUUAGUGGCAAACCAAUAGAAGCAUAAUACUGGGUACAAGACACCCGUCCCUUACUUCUCGACUGUAAAUUUGUUCUUUAGCUUACAGUAGCCAUCUGUGUAUCUCCGUACCUUUCCCUGAGGGAUAUAGCAGGGUAUGAUGAAUGGCAAGGUGUGUGCAUGCAUGCAAAAUUGGAUUUUUUUUUUUUUUGUUACCAGGGAUCAAACUCAUGAUCUCGAGCUUGCCAGACAAGCGCUUAUGCUGCUGAGUUAAAUCCCCAGCCCCACAAAAUGGGAUUUUUUAAACCCACAUUAUGCUCUGUGCAACCUCAUUUGGCAUUACAGAGGGUUCAGUAGACCCACAACACUCCAGGAUUUGUUUUUAAAAAGUUAGCCCAAUUCAGUACAAUGGUACAUAAAAAACCAGAUUUGUGAGUUCUGGAGGAAGCCAAAAGUGAAUCAUGAAUGAUGAGGAUGAUCCAUGAUAAAAUACAUGUUUUCAUAACAUGAGAGUAGUGUGGGUGUGGGAUGAUGAUGAUGAUAACUUCGGUAAUGGCCAUGUGAAGCAAAGUUCCUAUAACAGCAAAAUGGAUCAAGAAUUGGCUGAAUUGACACAGGGAAUACAGACCUCUUUGACUGAGAUGACACAGAAACAGCAAUGUGUCUAAAAAUUUGAUUAAUCAAAGUGUUGCAAAAUGGCCAUGCAACCAACUGGAACAAUCCAAUGUUAGAACUAAGUCAGAAAAUAUAGUGAGGAUCUAGGUAGACGUGAAAGGUAUUGGACAGAACACCAGCAGUGCCACUCAAUAUUAGAAAUUGUAACAGAUAGAAUGCUACAAGAUGCUGUGAAAUACACAAAGGCUGAAAUGCCAACAUUCUGGAUGGAUCAAUGGCCAUAUUCCAAAAAGUGACACUUUCCUUAUGACAUCUCACGAGCUGAACUGAAAGCAUUCAUAGGACUGCUAAACUUAGCAGGGAUUUUUCAUUGUAAUCACAGGAAUGUAAAAGACUUAUGGGAAAAUGAUGGCUCAAAAUAUGGCAUAAAAGGCUAGUCCGAAGGUAGUGAGUUAUCUCAGUUGAUUGUUCACAGUCAGUACAGAUUGAACUCCUUGUUCUACUCUUUCCCCCCUUCUCACUACUGCACUUGACUAGUCUUAAAAAAUAAAAUAAAAUAAAAAUAUGGCAUAAAAAUGUAUGCUCUUGGGGCUGGGGAUUUAGCUCAGCAGUAUAAGUGCCUGCCUUGCAAGUAGGCAGUCAUUAGAUCCCUGGUACCAGUAAAAACAAAAAAGCCAAAAAAAAAAAAAAAUGUAUGCUCUUAAGCUUGGCAGAGUGGCACACACCUGUAAUCCUAGCGCUUGGAGGCUGAGGCAGGAGAAUCGCUGUGAGUUUGAUGCCAGCCUGAACUGCAUAGCAAGAUUGUCUCAAAAAGCAGUAAAAAAAAAAAAAAAAUGUAUCCCCAUGUAGAUAUGAAAAUUUAUCAUGCUGUCAAUUAAGACAUUUGUCCUGGAACUCAGUCACCAGGUCCUUAUUUGUCUUUUUUCUUUUUUUUUUUUUUUUUGGUACUGGGCAUCGAACUCAUGACCACACACUUGCAAGAAAAAUAUAACGUUGGCCUCCUACAUGGCAAAGAAAAGAAACUGGAACCCCUGAUGUGAACAUUUCACCGUGAUGGGAAUACUGAUAGGGAAAUCUCAACAAAAUGGAAGCGUGAGAUGGAAACUUCCUACAACAAAACCAGAGGCGGAGGAGAUGUUGUUGGUGAGUUACGCUGCAACAGUGAUGUCACUCGGAACACACGGCAUUGGCCAGGUUUUACUCAAUCUUAAACACGUGUGGCAUAAAUAGUUUGACCGUUUAUGAAGAGAAUAGCAAGUGUAAAAUACCAUAGGGAAGUUUUCUUAGAGGAUUGGGACUGGAGCUCAGAAGAGGGCAUUUACAGCAGAGGAAAAACAAAAUGUUUGUGCCCAGGGAACCACACAGAAAAAACUGUGGAGCACAGUGGUGAGUUGACAGGUGAACAGGCAGGCACAGCAUCACAGAGACAUGAUGACGACAGGAAAGGGAAAACAUGUCAGUUGUGCCCUGCAAGAAAGUAGAGGAAAGCAAAGCAUACAUGCCAUCAGCAUAAGCAAUAUUUGUGUAUGGAAGAUGUAAUUGUCAUAUGUGAAUACCAUCUUGGGGGUGACAGUUAAAGCAAAGCUUGUAUCUGUGGUAGACUUCUGUUUGUGUUUACAUUGUAGUUCACACAGAUGUUUAGUUUUGAUGUUGUCUUUUAGGUUCUGUAAGUAAGUACACAUCCCCAUGUAAAAAUGUUGAUGUCUAUUGUGAAUGCACAGUUAAAAUUUACUUUAUUGAUAUUUUAUGUUCCUCUUGACUAUACACUAUAUAUUAAAGACCUCCUGACAUGCCCCCCCCCCAAAGAAAGAAACUUCUAACAAAGCAGCAAGACCAUUGAGAUGUCAAGUAUAUCCUACAAAAAGGCCAGGAAAGCAAGACAUGUGCAGUGGUCAUAAAUUAUGCAUGCAUAUGAAACAUGCUAUUGUUAUGUGUGCAACUGCGUUAGGUGUGAUGACUGAAGUAAAGGGUUUUUAUAAAGUGCUAUUAUUUUCACUGUAGUUCAUAUAAGAAUUUGUGUUGUUCUUUUUUAGACUUAGUACACCAAAACACAGUAAAUGUCAAAAUUUUGAUGCUUUUUAAAAUAACCACUCAGUAUUAAAAAAUUUAAUACUUCAUUUUUGUGAUUUUUCCCUCAGUACUCAGUUUAAUAUGAUAAACUCAUAAAAUUACAAUUAGUAAUUCAUCAGUAAAAAUAUUCUAAAGAAAAAAUAUGGGUCUGACAUGUUUCUGUGCCCUUAUGACAAAAUUAGUGUUACGCUCUUUAAGGACCUGAGCUUGCUGAACAUGGUAACAGGGACCUGUAAUUCCAGUAUUUAGGAGGGUGAGGCAGAGUGAGACCCUGUCUCAAAAAACAAAAACAAACAAAAAAGGACCUGAGACAAAAGGCAGGCUAAUUCUCUCACACUGUAUUAUCUGUACCUCGGCCAGCACUUACUAACCUAUCCUUGGGAGCUGCAUGGUGUGCUAAUUAUGCAGCCGGCACUGUUGAAGACCCACUCAGCAACUGCUGUCCCAUCUUCCAGGCCUAGAAGUACUGAGGUUUCAACUCCACAGCACCAACCCCAGCCUAGCCCAGCCCAAGCCGCAACUGGACAAUUCUAGCCCAGAACACAGGAAUGGCCGCUCCUUCCUCGGUGGACUGAAAUCGGAGACCCUGGGUUCCCCCUGCUUUCUGCUUCUCUGUGGCUCCGAGGCAUAGUCAGGAGUCCAUGUGGGACUGGAGUCUUAUUUAUUUAUUUAUGGAUUUUUGAGACAGAGUCUGGGUAUGUAGUUCAGGCUGGCUUCGAGGUGAUCCUCCUGCCUCAGCACCCCAAAUGCUGAGAUUACCGGUGUGCUCCGCCAUGUCCAGCAGGGACUGAGAGCUUCUUCAGUGACAAUGCGUGACCUGUCUAUACUCCUAAAAAUGAGAUGACACAGGCAGAGGUGGGUGAGAGGGUCCCAGGAGGUCACUAGACUUCAUCAGGUUCCCACUGCCUGCUUGGGGGAGGCAGGAAUAACUUCUAGCUCUCCAACAAAGGAGCUAGCAACUGAGGUUCUCUGGGUCUCAGCAGGACAGAGCCCAGCACAAGUGCCUAGAGAAAGAUCAGCUGUGUGCCUGCAGGAGGAGCUGGGAGGAGAUGGGAGACCUGCCUUGCCCUGAUCCCUGGGGCCAUCACUAAAGAGUAGCCAGGGCAGGCCAAAGGGAACCAGGACUCCUUCCCUCUGACUCCGAGCCUCUGCCAGGCAUAGCCUCAGAGCUGCAGAGGAGAAAGGGCUGCCAAGUGUGUGCCCACCUGGGGAAGGGCGAGAGCAAGGCUAGCGACGGCACUGUGUCCAGUGGGAGAAGUGUGCAAAGAGGUGGCCUUCAGGCAACAAUCAAGGUCAUGUCUGUGUCUGACGGAAAAGCUGUCCCCAGCUCUUUCUCAGAGGUAAGUCCAUCCCAUCUCACCGCAGCAGAACACAGCAGGGGAGACACUGUGAUUCCCGUCAGUCUGAUCACCCUGAAUGUAGACGUACAUUUGUCCACCAAGUCUUCGCUAAGUACCCGCUUGUGUUCUUCAGACACAGCUCUGAAAAAUCUGGAAAGGCCUCUGCCUCCUAAGUUCAAAGGCAGUCAGUUGCCCUAAGCAAAUAAAGGCGACUUUGGCUGAGCAGUGCUCUGAAGGAAGAUGAAGGGUGAUAAGGCAGAAAGUACCUUGGCUGGGGGCAGGGAGGGGACCUAGUUUAGAUCUAAAUGCCUCCCUAAGGCGACUCCGGAGCAGAGGUGGUGAGCACGUGACCCAGUCCAGAGCACUGCUGCUGUGGGUGGGCCAGAAAAGGUCCAGACAAAAUCCUUAAAGCAAAAAUGACCUGAACCACAAAGGCAUGGGUGUGGCCGGAAUGGAGGGAGGUGGCUGCAGGAUCCCAGACGCUUUGGACCUCCAGGGUAGAGGCAGCGGCUGCAAAGGGCACCCUGCUGUUUCCCUGGCUGCAGCACCUGGAGUCAGGCCUGGGUUCACUUUUGUGAUCUCCCAUUUGCACAUUUUGGGAAAGUUACCUGGGUUUCUUCAUGUCAAACCAGGCUUGAGCAGAGAUUAUUCCCUGCAUCCUUGCCCUACGCAGCGGCCCAUCACAGGGCGAGCUGACUGUGAAACACACUCGAGUGAAUUCCCCAGGAGAAGCUGUUACUGACUGAGGGGCCUGUCGGCGAUGUCAUUGCCAGGUUCCUGGUUCUGAGAGGCCUCGAGCUUGGCCCGGGGUCCAGGCUGACGCGGGGGGGGGGGGGCGGCUCUUGUUCCGUCCCAGCACGCAAGCGGUGGCGACGUGUGUCUUUACCCUAGCUCCGCCGAGGGACCUGCGCCCUUGGGCCUGAUCAGGAGGUGCAGGCUAGGUGGCAGGGAGGGGUGGAGAUACAGGAGAGGGGAGGAGAAGGAAGAAGAGGGGGCGAGCUCGCAACCUCGUUUCUGGGGAAAGGAAGAGCGGUGUAGAGGCAGGGUUCGCGGGGGAGCAGGUGGGCGCGGCACACCAGCGACCGACAGCCCGCUGUACUCUGCAGCCAGGCGACGCGACUCGGGCUCCCAAAGGGAGAAGGCAGGCAGGAGAGUGAAAGAUGUGGACAGAGGAGCGGGACCGGACUGCGCAGGAGGGUGGCGCGACGCGACACAGCCCAGCAGCCCGCUGGAACCUGGAGCUCAGCGACCCACGGGGCUCCGGCCGGGGAGGAGGAGAGGGUGGUACGCUAGGGCAGCGAAACCAAUAGGACGGCGAGUAGCGGAGGGGCGGGAUUACUCCUGGCACCAAGCCAAUGGGUGACUUGGGGUAGGGACGGGUCCGUUGGUUAGAGGCCAAUGGGAGAGCGAUUUUGUGUCGGGGCGGCGUGCCAGGCGGCUCAGAGCCAAUGGGAGGGUGAGCGGGGCGACGCUGGCGCGCCGGGGAGGGAGGCUGACCCGGAAGGCGGUGGGGGCGGGGAGCCGAGCUGACAACCUGUCAAAUCCACUUCGGGACGAACUAGGUCACGCGCUCCGAGCUAGGUGCCCCCGCCCGCGAGGCCCGCGGGUGGCCCGCGGCUGCUUCCUCUCUAUGCCGGCGGCGGUGGGGGCGGGGAGGGACACCUGCGUCCCUGCCUCCCGCCGCGCGGCCCUGUCGGCUUCGGAGGCCCCUCGCGUGGACUCGCCCGUCGCGGGAGCCAGGACCGGCAGGUCAGGCUGCGCGGCAUCGCCGACAGCCUUCGCCUCGAAGGGACAGCGUCAGUGGCUCACGGCAGCGCGCGACCGCGCACUACAUGGCGGAAGGGCCGCGGCUGCGGAGGAAUCUGGGAUGCGCGAUGCGGCACGGGAGGGAGGGGCGCGGCGGGCGGGGCGGUCCUGUUCUGAGCGCUCCGACACCUGCUUCCCCGCGCGGCGCGCUGUGGCCACUUUCCGUCCCGGCCGACCGCGGCGAUCAAUAGAGUCCGGGUCGACUGUAAGGCAGGAGGGCAAGCGUCCUGUGGCGCUCUAAUGCUUUCCAGGCCGCGUGCGGCCCUGUCCUGAGUCGCCAGUCUGCUCGCACCCUGCUCUGCAGCCAGCUCCGAGCGCACUGGACGCGGUGCUGGCUGGACCUCGCACCCAGGUGCUGUCCCAAUCCGGCCCAGAGCUGCGGCAGUUCACACGCUGCGGCUUGAGGAGUGGGACCGAAUGCUUUUUAGUAUUUCUUUGAAGUAUUACAGUGAAGGGAAACAAAAACAUUUAAUUUUCAUUCAAAUGCAUAUUUUGGACAAAUAUUCCUUAAGUGUAUGGAGUGUAUGCCGUGUGCUGAGAGAAUGCCUCACGGGAUGUAAGAAUAUCACCAGAUGUGUAUUUCAUCGGUAAAGAAAUUUUACUUUGUUUUCAAGCCCAGGCUUUAAUUGUAUUUUAGCUACUUUAUUGGGAAGGAAAAGCCAUGCAUUAUUUGUGUACAGAAUGUACAGAUGUAGCUGGUCGUGGGCCUGUAACCCUAGCAUGAUGAAGGCUGAGGGAGGCCAAGACAGGAGGAUCUCUACUAGCUGGCUCGAGGCCUGCCUGUGGCUCCUGGUCAGAAAAAAAAGUAUACAUGUAAAUUUUGUACAUUUAAUUUAAAAUAGUGCCGCUCUUUCUCUCUAGAUUCCUGUUCCUGUCUGGUCUAGAACCCUUGUGCAGAAGAGCUCUCUUGCCUUGGCCUCUGUGCUUUGUUGGGUAAUGAGACCGCAGGUGCAGGGCAGCGAAUAGGGCCCUAGGGUACUCUUCACAUUCAACCUAAAAACCACUUAGGGUGCAGUGAAAGUGGCCAAAGAAUAUUAUGUGCAUGGACGAAGCUGCCAAAAUAAAGCCCUUCAAUUUGUGUAGCUGACUGAAAAAAAUAUAGCUACCACCUAGUGUAGGUUAAUGUUGAUUACCUCACUUUAGCCAUUCCACAGUGUAACCUGCUUCAGACAGCAUAUCAAACACAACAAAAUUCUUACCAAUUAACAUGAAACAAUUGUUUUAUGAAGCCCUGUAUUAAAUAUGUAAGGGGGGGAUAUUAGUUCGGCGGCACAGCACCUGCCUAGCAAGCGCAAGAUCGUGAGUUUUGAUUCCUGUUACCGAAAUAAUUAGAUAUGUAAGGUCUUACCAACAUAGGUUUAAUUACAGAAACAAAAUUAUUCCCCAGAAAUACUUCCUAGCAUUAUUGUAUGUAUUUAACAAAUUAUACAUAUUACUUUAUAGAAUAGUAUUAUCAAUAAGACAGAAGUAGAAAUCCAUCACCUCCCCACUUCCUUUGCUACAGGGCUUCCACAAAUUGCCCAGGCUGGCCUUAAAAUGACAAUGUUCCUGCCUCAGCCGCCUGAGUGUUGGCACUAGAGAUACCUACUACCACGCCUUGCUAGAAGCCCAAUUUAUAACAAACAUUAAAACCUUCCGAAAUGAGCCUAUUUUUGUGGUUAUAGUCUUUCAUUUAGAGCCGAUUCCUUACAGCUGACUGUCAGAGGGAGCGGUGGAGCCCUUCCUUUUGACCAACCAACAGCUGGGCAGUGUUAGAAACACCCAGCCCUCACAGGGUAUGUUCAAAAUGUUGAGUUUUAUAUCCAAGGUUUUCUUCUCUGUUCCCACUGAAGGUUGUUUCUCCCUCCCCUUUCUUGUCAUUCUUUGAAUGUUAAUAUUAAGCAGACAAUAAAACCUUAAGAAUUUUUGUUCAACAAAGAAGCCAUGAAAUUGUCAGUCACAGAAAGUGAACACUGCCAAAACAUAAGAAUAAGUUGCAAGUUAUUGUAUCAGUGGCUAGGGUUACCCACUACAUCUAGUACAGGAAGUCAAAUGAAUUCCAAAACCUAAAAUGCACACUGGUGUAGUAGGACAUGCCUCCAGCACUCAGGAGGCUGAGGCAGGAGGAUCGCUGUGAGUUUAAGGCUGGCUUGGGCUACAUAGUGAGUUCAAAGCCAGCUUAUACUACAUAGCAAGACCCUAUCUCAAAAACAGAAACAAAGUGAGAAUUAGACAUUAUGCCUUACUUAAGUUUAUUGGUACAUUUUAGAUACACAUAAUGAUAAACAUCAUAGAGAAUUUGUACCUGAGCAUGAUGUAUCUUGCUUCUGUUUUUCUCAUUCCCCUCUACUCCCUUCAACAUUGUUUCCUUUCCUUAUUUACAAAAGCUUUGUUUGCAUUUUUUACAAUUCUAUCUGACUUGUGUCUCUUCCUUUCUUCCCCUCCCCUUCUUCCCCUUCUCAUUUGAAUAUUUUCUUCCCAUUUUUCUGUAUCUAUUAUACAUUUUUGUCCUUAUUUACCCUUUUAGUUUCUCACACCAGAGCACAAUGCAAUAUUUAGAUGUGUGCAUCUGAUUUAUUGUACAUAAGAGUAUAGUCUCCAGGUGUACCCAUUUGGCUAGAAAUGACUCCGAUUUCCUUUUUUAUGGCAAAGAACUGCUCCACUAUAUAAAAACACUCACAUCUUCUUUUUCCAUUCAUUGAAUGAUGGGUACCUGAAUUGGUUCCAAGAUUUAGCUAUUAAGCAACCUGUGCUGCUAUAUAUGGAUGUGCAUAUAUCACUACGGUAUGAUGCUUUUAAUUCCUUUGGAAAGGUACCAAGAAAAAGAAGAGCUGGGUCAAAGUUAGUUUUCAGGAAUCUCCACACUGAUUUCCAUAGCAAUUGCGUCAGUCUACACUCCUACCAGCAGUGGAGAAGGGUAUCUUUUCCCAAAGCCCCAACAGCAUUGUAACCACCAUGCACAGCUGGAUUGAGUCUUUACAUUUAGGGGUGGGAUCUGUCUUUUUUGAAUUGUUUUUUUUUUUUUUUUUUUUUGUCUUUUUCGUUUUUAUCGGUACCAGGGAUCGAACUCACAAGUGCCUGCUUGCAAGGCAGGCGCUUAUGCCGCUGAGCUAAAUCCCCUGCCCCUUGAAUUCUUUAUACAUUCUAGAUAUUAGUACUGUUUCUGUGGAACAACAAAAAAUUUUUCCUGCCCUCUGGUUGCCUCUUCACUUUGUAGGUAGUUUGUUUUGCUCUGCUUUUUAAUGAGAUCCUAGUUGUGGAUUUGUGGUGGUAUGUAUGUUUUGUCUUGUGGAGACACUGUUUCACUAUGCAGUUUAGUCUGCCCUUAAACUCACUUUGUAGGCCAGACUGUCCUCAAAAUUGCAGUGAGUCUCCUGCCUCAGCCUCCUGAGUGCGGGAUCCUAGGUAUGUACCACCACACCAGCCUUCAGAACUAUGCUGAAUAAGAGUGGGGACGGUGAGGGCAGGGGAUGUAGCUCAGUGGCACAGCACCUGCCUGGCAAGUGCCAGGUCCUAAAUUCAAAUCUUGGUACCAAAAAAAUUGGACAUCUUUGUCUUGUUCCUCAUUUUAGAGUGAAAGCGUUCAGUUUUUGUUCAGUAUGAUACUAUUGCUUUGUUGUAGAUACCUUUGAUCAAGUUGAGAUAAAGGCCAUCUAUUCUAAUUUUCUGUAUAGUAUUUAUCAUGAGUGGGUGUUGGACUUGGUCACUUUUUCUGCAUCUAUUGAGAUUAUCAUGUGCUUUUUGUGCUUGGCUGUGUUGAUACACUGUAUUACAUGUAUUGGUUUGUGUGUGUUGAACCAUCCCUGCAUCCCUGGGAUGAAUCUCACUUGAUCAUGGAUAUAAUCUUCCAGAUGAUUUGCUGCUUUCUGUUUGCCAGUAUCUUAUUGAAGAUGUUUAUGCCUAUGUUCAUGAGAGAGAUUGGCCUGUAAUUCUCGUUUUAGUUGGAUCCUUCUCUGGUUUUGAUAUCACGGUAAUGCUUGUUUCCCAGAAUGAAUUUAGAAUUGCUUCCCUUUCAAUUUCAUUAGAGAGUUUGAGAAGUAAUGGUGUUAGGUCUUCUCUAAAUUUCUUGUAGAAUUAGUGGUGAAUCCAUCCAUCUUGACUUUUCUUUCUAGUUAGGUUUUUAAUUAUAUUUUCAAUUUCAUUGACUGAUGAAAUUGGUAUAUUGGUUUAUUGAGAAUUUUUAUAUACUCUUGAUUGAGCAUUGGUAAUUUAUAUGUAUCUAGAUUUCUGUCCAUUUCUUCUGUGCUUUCCAUUUUAUUAGAAUACAGGUUCUCAAAGUAGGUUUUGAUGAUCUGGAUUUCUGUAAGAUCUGUUGUGAUUUUAUCCUUUUUUAUUCCUAAUUGCAUGGAUUUGAGUCAUUUUUUUUACUUGAGUCUUUUCCUUGCGUUUUUAAUAAGGUUGGCUAAGGGUUUGUCAGUUUUAUUUGCUCUUUCCAAAAACCAACUCCCUAGUUCAUUGAUUCCUUGUAUUGUUUUCAGUUUGCAUUGCAUUGAUGUCUGCUCUGAUCACUCACUGCAGUUCUUCCCUACGGGAGCUUUGUGCUUCACUUGCUUUUUCUUUUCUUUUCUUUUCUUCCCUUUCUUUUCAAAUCCAUUUUAUUCAAGGAUAAAAAAGGACAAAAUUUCAAAGCAUGUCAAUCAGGGGCAACAAUGACACACACGUUGCACACUGUCAUGCCCAAAUCAUUCACCCAGAGCACAGGACAUCUGCCUUCAUUUCUCCCAACAACACCAGUACAAAUCUUCCCCUUUAGCAGACUCAAAGAAACCAGUAAUAUAACUAUCUUAACUAUUUUUAUAUACAUAUACAUACACAUGUGUAUCUUAUUUAUUUCACUAAUGACUAUGUUCUCAAGUUGCAUCCAUUUACCUAUAAAAGCACCAGUUUAGGGGCUGGGGGUUUAGCUCAGCGGCAUAAGUGCCUGCCUUGGAAGCAGGCAGAUGUGAGUUCGAUCCCCGGUACCAAUAAAAAGGAAAAAGACCAAAAAAAAAAAAAAAAAGCACCAGUUUAUUCUUUUUUAUGGCUGAGUAAUACUGUAUUAUAUAAAAAUACCACGUCUUUUUUAUCCAUUCUCAAUUGAUGGGCAUUUUGGUUGUUUCCAAGAUCUGGCUAUUAUAAACUGUGCUACUAUAAACAUGGGUGCCCAUAUGCCAAUGUGGUAGGAUGUUUCUAAUUCUUUUUUUUGGGGGGGGAGCUUACUGGGGAUCGAACUCACACCCUCGCACUUGCCAGGCGAGCACUUACACCAGUGAGCUAAAUCCCCAGCCCUGAUGUUUUAAAUUCUUUUGAGAAGAUUCCCAGAAGGGGAAUAGCUGGAUUGUAUGGGACCUCCAACUCUAGGUUUUUGGGUUUUGAGGGGUUUUUUUGUACCAGGAAUUGAACUCAAGACCUUGCACUUGCCAGGCUUACACCACUGAACUAAAUCCCUGUCCCUUCAAUUCUUGUUUUUUCAGGAAUCUCCACAAUGAUUUCCACAGUGGUUGCACCAAUCUGCAUUCCCACCAACAGUGGAGAAGGGUUUCUUUUUCCCCUCCAGCAUUUGUUAUUGGUUGAUUUCUUGAUACUAGUUAUUCUUUCUGGGCUGAGGUGGAAUCUCAGUGGUUUUUUUUUUUUUUUUUUUUUUAAAGGUAAUGAAAUCCAACAAAAUAAAACAGAACAAAACCAAUGAAAACAAAGCAACAAAAUUGAUACAGAACUUCAAAGAAAGAUACUAGGAAAACAAUGUCUACCACAGUAUAUCUUGUUACCUUCACAACAGUUGUCCAUUCCAUCAGGUACAGCAAAAUCAAACCAAAAACAAAACACUAUAAAACCAAUAACAGAAUAUUGAAUAAAGCAAAACAAUCAGAACAAAGCAAAACAGUGAAAACAAUAUUGGACUUCAAAGACAAGAUAAAAGGAAAUGCCCCAUGUUUGCUAUAUUGCAUACUGUCAUUCUCCAAAGAGAUGCUCAGACUGCUGGCCCAAGGCCUACAAAAUCAACCCAACAAUGCAAGCAUUUAGUUGCUUUAUGUACCUUACCUGCUAUCAACUCAGCCUGUCCCUGGAUCCAGUGGAGUCCUUUGGGGGAGGGGGUUGGUUCUCAGCCUGAGCACUGGUAGAUUUAUGGGAGGUGCUGACUUUUCUCUUCCUGGAAGCUGCACAGCCUGCAAGGCUUACCAGAAGGGCUGGCUGGUUGGUCUCUUGUUAGAUCCUCCCAGUCCCAGCAUGACUGUUUCUCCAGAGGUGCCUACUCCUUUAUCCUUAGUGUUGUUUUAAUUUGCAUCCCUCAAAUGACCAGUGCUGUCUACUGAGAAGGGUGUGUUCAUCUUAGAUGCCCAUUUUUGGAUUGGGUCUUUAAAUCUGGGAGGACUGAUUUUUUUUAGUUCUUUAUAUAUUCUCAAUAGUAAUCCUUUGUCUGAGGAAUAGCUGCCAAACAUUUUCUCCCACAUCAUGGGUUGUCUCUUCACUCUGUUGGUGGCUUCUCUUGCUGUGAAAAAGCUUUUCAUUAGGGUGAGAUCUUAGUUGCUGAUUCUUUGCAGUAAGUCCUGUACAAUCUGGGUUAUAUUCAUAUAAAAAGGAAAAAGACAAAAAAAAAAAAAAAGAAAGAAUCAUAUGAUUUUAUUCUUGACUCUGUUAAUAUGAUGUGUUGUAUUUAUGGAUUUAUGUAUGUUGAAUCAGCCCUGCAUUUCUGGGAUGAAUCCCACUUGAUCAUGGUAUACAAUUUUUUUGAUGAUUUGCUGAAGUCUCUUGGUCAGUAUCUUAUUGAGGAUUUUUGUAUCAAUGUUCACUAGUGAGACUGACUUAUAAUUCUCUUUCUUAGUUGGGUCCUUCUCUGGUUUUGGAAUCAUAGUAAUGCUUGCUUUCAGGAAUGAAUUUGAGAGUACUGCUUUCCACUCAAUUUCAUUAAAAAGUUUGAGGAGUAGUGGUGUUAGGUAUUCUCUAAAUUUCUGAUAGAAUUAGCGGUGACUCUAUUAGGGCCUGGGCUUUUCUUUGUUUAUAGGUUUGGUUUUUUUGUACUAGGGAUUGAACUCAUGACUUUGUGCUUAUCAGGCAGGCACUUAUACCACUGAGCUACUGGAGCUGCUGAUAGGUUUUUUAAUUAGAUCUUUAAUUUCAUUUAUUGAUAUUGGGUUAUUUAGGAUUUUUAUAUCUUCUGGAUUCAGCUUUAGUAAUUCAUAUGUAUUUAGGAAUCUGUCCAUCUCUUAUGUGUUUUCCAUCUUAUUAAAAUCCAUGUUUUCAAAGCUGGUAUAGAUGAUUUUCUGGAUUUCUGCAGGGUCUGUUGUGAUUUCUCCCUUUUCAUUCCUAAUUACGUGGAUUUGAGUCUUUUGUUUCCUUUUUUUGAUGAGGUUGGCUAAAGGUUUGUCAAUUUUAUUUAAUCUUUCAAAGAACCAACUCCCUGAUUCAUUGAUUCUUUGUAUUGUUUUUUUUUUUGUUGUUGUUGUUGUUGUUGUUGUUUUAAGUCUCCAGUGGGUUAAUUUCUGCUCUGAUCUUUUUUUUUCCUUUUUUUGGUACUGGGGAUCGAACUCAUAACCUUGCGCUUACCAGGCAAGCACUUGAGCCACUGAGCUAAAUCCCCAACCCUUCUGCUCUGAUCUUUAUAAUUUCCUGCCUUGUACAAGUUUUUGGUCGAGCCUGCUCUUCUUUUUCUAGAAGUUUGAGGUUGAACACUAAAUUGCUUAUAUGUGUUUACUCUGUUUUCCUGAUAUGGGCACUUACUGCUAUAAAUUUUCCUUAAAACUGCUUUCAUUGUGUCACACAAUUUCCAGUACAUUGUCAUUCAACUAUAAAAACUAUCUAAUUUCUUCUUUAAUUUCACUUGUGACCCUCUGGUUGUUGGGUAGGGUACUAUUUAAUUUCCAUGUGUUUAUGAAGUUCUUGUGGUUUCCUUUGGCAUGGAUUUUCAAUUUCAUUGCAGUGUGGUCUGAUAGUAUGCAUGGGAUAAUUCCAAUUCUUUACAUUUACUUAAGCAUGUUCUAAGAGCCAGUAUAUGGUCUAUUUUGGGGAAUGUCCUAUCUGCAGCUGAGAAAAAUGUAUAUUUGCUGGGGACCACAAAUUCAAUGACUGGUUUUUUUGUGUAUUUCCCUGUGGGGUGAAAGGAAGGACUGGGAUUAGGUACCACUCAUCUGGGAUUUCCCAUUGAUUCUUCUAAGUAUAGGAUCAUCUAUGCCUUCUUGAGUCAUCACAGGAUUAUACUGCAGUCAAGAUCCUUCUAAACAUAAGGUUAUCUAUAACCCUCUGGAGUCAGAGUCUUCAGUAAUCCUUCGCUAGCCCACUUAUCACCGGAUACAGCUAAUAAAGAGUGGCUGCUUUGGGAACGGGGAGCUCGGAUCCAGAGAUAUUGACUUUCAGCCAUAGAAGGCUGUUUUUUAUUUUUCUCAUGGCAUUCUAGAGACAGAUAAUUGGGACUCUUGGCCAGGUUCCUGAUGUUGACUAUUGGGACUCUUGGCUGGGUUCUCUAUUUGGUGCUCAACAUGACCGGAAUGCAUGACCUUUAAACCACAACAACCACUAUGAAGGUGCUAACAAUCCACUGGACCUUGCAUGACCAAAUUAAAGGGCCCUCUGCUGGAACUGGCCAGGCAUCCUGUAUUCAAGAUGGUUCCACCCCUCAGAGGCAGCUUCUACGUCAAGGGAACUGGGCAGACAUCUGCCCCAGGGAGUCGGGCAGAGUUCUGGAUCUGACCUUGAUGGUGACCUUGGAGGCUGCAAUGCACAUGUUGGGGGAGGUGGAUCCUGAGCUGGCCUGAGGGUGAGCUCCUCCCUUGCUUCCUGUCCUGGAUCACAAGGCCCUCCAGCUUGCUACCCUGCCUUGGAGCUGGCCUGCCAUGGACUGAAACAAUUGACAACAUUCACCUUUCUUCUUUUAUUUUUUAAAAAUAAUUUAAUUUUUUUUUGUCUUUUUGAGACAGCAUCUCACUAUGCUGCUCAGGUUGUCCUUGAACUCAUUUUGUGGUUCAGACUGGUCUCCAAUUUGCAACCUCCUCCUGCCUCAGCCUCCUGAGUGCUGGGAUUAUAGGUGCCCGGAUCACCACACCUAGCCUCUUUCUUCCUGUAAAUUGUGUGUGUCAGGUUUAUACUGGCUUUCUCCUGAAGUCUUGUGCACUCAUAGUUGGGGCUUUGUGAGGUGAUUGGAUUGUUGUCCAGGGGGAGGUCACUGGGACGUGGCCUGGAAUGGCUUAGGGUAUCUCCACUCCUCCCUUCUCUCUCUGCUUCCUGAUCACCUCAGUUUCCUCUCUGCCAAGCCAUCCUGCUUUGGAGCUGCUGACUGUCAUCUGAAACAGGAGCCAGAAUAACCCUCUCUCCUUAAAGUUGGGCCUGUCCGGUAUCCAUGUCAGGUCACCCAGCCGCCAGCUAAGUGAAGCAGACAGUCUCUGGGCAGCGUUUGUGACACCCCAUGGAGUCCUGCACUCUGCUUGGUGCCAGCGCUGGGAGCGUGGGGCAGGGCAAGGGUCUCUGUGGCCAGUGUGUUACCCCGAGCUGGACUGUCCAGCAGCCCUCCAGCCUCCUACUCCAGCCUUGGCACCUGGAGGUGUUGACAUAAUGGAAGAAGCUGAGAUUGGACUCUGGGACCAGGUGAUGGGUUAUUUAUUGUUACCUGGAACUUAGUGGCUCAAGGCCUCUUCUCCACUGAAUUUUAAUUUUUAAAAAGUUUUUGUCUUUUUGGAAAUAGAGUCUUGCUAUUUGGUUCAGGCUGGCUUUGAGCUCACUUUGGAGUCCAGGCUGGUUUCCAGCUUGCAAAGAUCCUUCUGCCUCAGCCUCCUGAGUGCUGGGAUUACAGGAGUGAGCCAACAUGCCUAGCUUCCUCCAACAAAUUUUAGUCAGGCUCCUUUAACCUCCUCUUCAGCUAGGCCUCAACGGACCACAAAAUUUGGGCACAAUAAUAUCCACCUUUCACAAAUUUGAGAAACACUAGCUAGUUUGUCCACUCUGGGAGGCUGAGGCAGAAGGAUCACAAGUCUGAGACUGCUGGGAGACUGGUUUGGACCACCAAGCCUGGCUCAAAUGUCUUUCAUGAUCCAGCCCCAAGAGUCCGACCUUGUCACUUGCGGGGUGUCCUCAUGCACAUGGGAUGCUGGGGACUCAUCACUAGGGCCACCUGGCAGGCCUGCAGUGAGGACUCUGGUACUGACCCCGCCCCCAGCCACCCAGUCCUGCUCGCCCGGAUCUCCACGCCGCCUGUGAACCAGGAGCUGCUGGACACGCGAAGAGUUAAAACCUCCCACAGCCACAGCCGCUGUUGCCUGGCCAGGCCUGGCUCUCAGCCUCAUUGGGCCGGGGAGGGGCACAGCAGCUGCUGGGAGGGGGUCCCCUUUAUUUCCCCCUCACUUCCGAGGUCAGGUCGGGCCGGGUGAGGACGCGGACAGGUGGCUGCUGACACAAAGGCUCUGAGGAGCUCGCUGGCAACGCGGCAGCGGCAGCGGGACUUGGCCUUGGGACAGCUGAGCCGGUCCGCUCAUCCAGGAGUCCGCGCCCACCCAGUGGCUCCGCCCAGGCCCGGAACCUGCGCAGGGGCUGCUGCCAGCCUGGCCUCGCUGAGCGCUGCGCCUUCCUCUUCUUCCCAGCCUCCCCACGCCCUGCCUGCGGAGGGUUAGAACACCUCAGGAUGGAGGAGUUUGCCUGGGGCAAGGCAGGGCAGGCCGAGCUGCAGCCCCUGUCCUGGAUGGGCUCCUGUCCUGUCCUAGGACAGACGGACCCAGCCCCUAUCCUCCCCACCUGUCCGGCUCUGGUCUUCCUCAGCACGUUUCUUUACUUUUCUCUUUCUCAUUUUGUCUGUUUAUUUUGAGACAGGGUCUCGCCAUGUAGUUCAGACUGGCCCUGAACUCACUAUGUAGCCCAUGCUGGCCGUGAACUCACAGGUAUCCUCCGGUCUCAGCCUUCUAAGUGCUGGGAUUUCAGGUGUGUGCCACUGCACCUGGUUUCAAACAUCAUUCUGCACAAAUCUCUCUUGCAAGGGAUAGGCGGUUCCUGAUUAUCCUACAGUCCCCAGAAUGAGUGGAGAGGUGCUCUCUUGGAGUGCCUGUUAUUCAAGAUGAAAACAACCCGACCUGCAAAUCCCUGCCCAAUGCAUAACUGCACAAGUCAAUGAGCUGAAAAACCCUGAAACUCGGCCUCGUACUUGGGGCGAUUCCUGCAGGGAUUCUGUGUCUUCUCUAUUUUUCCCUUUCUGGUGAGAACACGCUUUUUACACUCACUGGUCAGGGAUCUGAGAAACUCAGCUCUUGCUGUCUGUCAGCUGUCAGCAUGAACUUCUGCUUAGACCCUGGCCACCCUGGAGACACAGGGCCAGGAGAUAAGGGGCUCUGUGGUCCCCUCCCUGUGCCAGCCCAGCCCCCAGCCAUCCUGACCCACUUCCUUCGAGCCCUGCAGCUCCUUGGCUUGCUCCAAGUCGCUCUUUAUUCAGCCGGGACCUGGACCAAGGUCCCUGGAGAAGACCGAGCUCUGGGCUCUGGCCUUCUUCCCAGGCCAGCACAAAGCUGCUUUAUGCCUGGCUGCACUCCCCUGGCCCCAGCUGCCCCAGCUCUGCUUUUUCUUAGUGUUUUCCUUUCAGCUGACUUAGUUAUUACAGUAAGGGCUGCAGAGGCUGGGCUUGCUGGGACACAGCAGUUUGCUGGGUCACGUUCCUGCCUGCAGGCCAGGGACUGUCUUCUGCGGCUUCCCUUUGUGUCCUGCCCAGGGGCAGAGCCCAGCAACCUGUCCAGGUCCUAUCCCCGCCAGGGCAGGACAUUCCUAACAACCUAUGACUGUACUCCCCACACAGGGAAGGCUGAGGCAGAAGGAUCCCUGCUGUGAGUUCAAGGCCAGUCUGGACUACACAGUGAGACCCUCAAUCAAGAUGGACCCAUUUGAACAUGGAAACGUUUCCAGUGAAAGGAAACUGGAGUAGAAGGCUAUGCUGAAAUUCUUCCUUUUGCAGAGAGACUCAGGAAGAGAUCUCUUCCAAAAGAACCCGAGCAAAUGUAACUAAAUCACUGGAAAAGAAAAUGGUGGCAGGCACCAGGUGUAGUGCCUAUCACCCUAGCCCUUAGGAGCCUGAGGCAGGAAGACUGCUAUAUGUUCAAGACCAGCCUGGAUUACAUAAUGAGACCCUGACUCUGAAAAACAAUACAUAAAUAAAAGACAGAAAACCAAUGUGGUGAGAAGAACUGAAAGAACUAAAUAAAAGUGUCCUUCCUCUACG